AUGGAAGAAGAUGAUGGUUACUCAAAAGAUGGAACUGUGGAUUAUCUUGGAAAUCCUGCUAAUAGAAAGAAAACUGGAACCUGGAAAGCCUGCCCCUUUAUUUUAGGAAAUGAAUGUUGUGAGAGAUUGGCUUAUUAUGGGAUGAGCACAAAUUUGGUUCUUUAUUUUAAGGAGAGGCUGCAUCAGCAUAGUGCUACUGCCUCAAAGAAUGUCUCUAACUGGAGUGGAACGUGUUACAUCACACCAUUAAUUGGAGCUUUUGUGGCUGAUUCUUAUCUUGGAAGAUACUGGACUAUUGCCAGUUUUUCAAUAAUCUAUGUUAUUGGAAUGACACUAUUGACGUUAUCUGCGUCGGUUUCUGGUAUAAAACCAACCUGUCAAGGAAAAGAAAACUGCCAUGCUACUGAUCUACAAAGUGUAGUGUGCUUCGUCGCGCUUUACCUUAUAGCUCUUGGCACGGGUGGAAUCAAGCCAUGUGUUUCAUCCUAUGGAGCAGAUCAGUUCGACGAUGCUGACGAGAAGGAGAAGGAACACAAGAGUUCUUUCUUCAACUGGUUCUAUUUCUCAAUCAACAUUGGAGCUCUCAUUGCGUCUUCUUUAUUGGUUUGGAUUCAAGAUAACGUCGGUUGGGGAUGGGGAUUCGGCAUUCCAGCUGUUGCUAUGGCGAUUGCGGUUGUGAGUUUCUUUUCUGGAACUAAAUUGUAUAGGAAUCAGAAGCCUGGAGGAAGCGCGCUCACUCGUAUCAUUCAGGUGAUAGUUGCGUCCAUAAGAAAAUACCGCGUUGAAGCGCCUUCUGAUAAGUCUCUUUUAUAUGAGAUUGCUGAUACAGAAUCUGCUAUCAAGGGAAGCCGCAAACUCGACCAUACAAACGAGUUGAGAUUCUUCGACAAAGCAGCCGUGCUCGAACAAUCGGAUAACCUAAAGGACUCGAUAAACCCAUGGAGACUUUGCACUGUCACACAAGUGGAAGAGCUUAAGUCCAUUUUAAGAUUGCUUCCUGUAUGGGCCACCGGCAUUAUAUUCGCAACUGUCUAUGGUCAAAUGAGCACGUUAUUUGUGUUACAAGGAGCUACCAUGAACACUCAUGUUGGCAACUCAAGCUUCAAAAUCCCACCAGCAUCACUCUCGAUCUUCGACACCCUCAGCGUCAUAUUCUGGGUCCCAGUCUACGACCGAAUCAUCGUACCACUCGCGAGAAAGUUCACUGGCCACAAAAACGGUCUAACGCAGCUCCAAAGAAUGGGAGUCGGACUCUUCAUAUCAAUAUUUUCAAUGGUAGCCGCAGCGAUUUUGGAGGUCAUAAGGCUUAAAACUGUGAGAAAACACGAUUACUACGACCUCGAGGAGAUACCAAUGACAAUAUUUUGGCAGGUUCCGCAAUAUUUCCUCAUAGGUUGUGCAGAAGUGUUCACGUUCAUCGGACAAUUGGAGUUUUUCUACGAACAAGCUCCUGAUGCGAUGAGAAGUUUAUGUUCUGCUCUUUCGCUACUCACGGUUGCGCUCGGACAGUACUUGAGUUCUCUGCUCGUGACUAUUGUGACGAAUAUCAGUACGAAGAAUGGAAAACUUGGAUGGAUACCAGAUAAUUUGAACUAUGGUCACAUUGAUUAUUUCUUUUGGUUAUUGGCAGUGCUAAGUGUAUUGAAUUUGAUAGUGUUUCUUUGGGUGGCUAGGUUGUAUACUUAUAAGAAAACAGUGGGAACUCUUCGCUGA